AUCGAACCGAGUCACUUGACUGAUACCUCUCCGAUACGGUCAAGCGCAGCGUUUGAAGGCGACGCGUCAGGGAUGGCGGAGUUUAACGGAUCCUCCUCUGCUAACGCUCUCCUUCUAAAACUCCAUCAAAUUCUAACUUCUUGCUCUAAGUCAAUCAGCGGUGGAGAUUUUAGUCAAUCUCAAACUUCAGAGUCAGAGCUCGUCAACUUCCUCGAUUCCGUAUCAGACGCCGCUCUUUCGGAACCAGAAAACGAAGAUGCUAAGGCUAAUGCAUUCAAAAUUCUCUCCGAGAUUUAUCAAUUUCUGUGCUCACCUUCUCUAGAUCAUGAGAUUAUCGACGCCCUUUCAUUUGAGUUGCCAAAGUCAGCUUCGAAAUUUGCAGGAAUUUCGCCUCAGUGUUUGGAGGUUGCUGAUAAUGUUAUUCGUCAGUUUAUACAAACAAGUAGUCCUCGCGACAUGCUUUCGGUUAUUUGUGAGGCAUUAGAUUCUCCAAACAAGACAAUCAAAGCUGCCGCUUAUAUUUCUCCUCUUAUAAGUGGACUUUCAUAUGUGUUUCUUUCCAUUCAGAGGCGGCUUUUUGAACAAAUUAAAGUUGCGGUGCCAGUUGUUGUUAAAGUUGUAAAGGUCAUUUCAUUAGAAACAGAUUCUCAAGAUACAGAACUAGAGACUUUAUUUGAUAGAGUUGUUGUAAAUGCUCACGCUAUACAAACAGUUUGUUCAAAUAUGGAAAAUGGAGAAAAGGAAAAGCUUCGAGCUUUACUUGGUCUAUAUGUUCUGCAAAUCUUGGCAUUGAUUUCAGUUAGCUCCAAUCAUCUUUCAUUUGCAUUGCAAUUGGCAAGCUUCCUUCCUUAUUGUGGUACAUCUUGUCUUGGUUUGGUAACUGGGUCUAGUAUUGACACACUAUCUGGCUUUGUUAUAGGAGAGGACGAAGAAGAUUGUUCGAGCAUUUCAUCUCAUGUCUAUCUUGGUGCAUCACUUUCAGUGAUUUUGGCACAAAAGUACGAUGAAUUUGAUCGAGCUGCAAAGUUGGAUUUGAGUGCUGUUAAGACAGAACUUCAAAAUAACCAGACGAAAAGGUGGCAAGCAAUUGGCAUGUUAAAGCACAUAUUCUCAUCUUUCGAUCUUCCAUGGGAAUUUAAGAGUGAUGCUGUUGAUUUCUUGCUUUAUAUAACGAGUGGAGACAUCUCUAAUGAGUUAGAUGAUGAGCAUAAUGAUUGCUCUCGUUACAUGACUAGUAUUUUUUCUGCUCUACAGGCAGUUACAAUGAUUAUCAUAUAUACAUCAGAUGUGGCACUAAGGAAAAAUACCUUUGAAGCACUCAAAAGGGUUCUGGGUGAUAUUCCAGAUUCUCAGAGAUACGACAUUUUAAAAGCUCUAAUUAAAAAUAGUGACUCUUCCUCUAUGGUUGCAAUUCUUCUUGAUCUUGUUAGAGGGGAAAUGCACAGAGAACGUACCCUGAGAAUGUCGAUAUGUAAAGAUGAAGCCUUAGAUGUUGACAAUAAAUCCAUUCAAAAAACUUUAUUUUGGUGUACAAGCAUCCUUGAGUUGGUCGAGUCAGUUUUGAGGCCUGUGUCGGGAGGACCUCCUAUCCUUCCAGACAAUAGUGACGCGGUUCUAUCUGCCCUUAACCUGUACAGAUAUGUAUUGAUGACCGAAUCAGCAGGGGAAACCAAUUACACGGGAGUGCGGUCCAAGAACAAUUUGAAGAAGGCCCAUAACGAAUGGCUCCUACCUCUUCGAGUACUUGUGAGCAGCAUGGAGGCAGCAAAUAAGAAUGAUCAUGGUCAACUUGCAGUCGACACUGUAUGUGCUCUGAACCCAGUUGAGUUGGUUUUGUACCGGUGUCUUGAACUCGUUGAAGAAAAUUUAAAACAUCCAGUCUAGCAUACUUGAGAGUUAGUGCUGUAGCCUUUACAUCUAGGGGCCAUUUGGUUCCAGAGUCUAAUAUUACUGGGGUAACCUUACGUAUUUGGGUGAACAUUACUUAAGCCGGUAAUAUGUUA